CGGCUCCGGGGCCGGGGAUGGCGGCGGCCGCGGGUGCGGCGGCUCCGGGACGAGCGGGAGGAGCCCUGGGAGCGCUGUGAGAUGGGCCGGCUCCCAAGCCACCCGGGAGGACACUCAUUACAGCUGCUCAGAAGCACCAGGGGGAGCUCAGCAGAUGUGGGCGCCCCAGCCAGCAGCAGAGAGGGGUGCAGGGAAGCCACAGAGAAGCCCCUUCUGAUGCCCCAAGGAGCAAGCCGACCCCUUCCAAGCUCCAGGAACACCACAAAGCAAUAUGAAACCUGUUCAUGAGAGGAGUCAGGAAUGCCUUCCACCAAAGAAACGAGACCUCCCCGUGACCACCGAGGAUAUGGGGAGAACUACCAGCUGCUCCACUAACCACACACCCUCCAGCGAUGCCUCUGAAUGGUCCCGAGGGGUUGUGGUGGCCGGGCAGAGCCAGGCAGGAACCAGAGUCAGUCUGGGGAAUGAUGGAGCUGAGGCCAUUACUGGUCUGACAGUGGACCAGUAUGGCAUGCUGUACAAGGUGGCUGUGCCACCUGCCACAUUCUCACCAACUGGCAUCCCAUCCGUGGUAAACAUGAGCCCUUUGCCCCCCACGUUUAAUGUAGCGUCUUCACUGAUUCAACAUCCAGGAAUCCACUAUCCCCCAAUUCACUAUGCUCAGCUGCCGUCCACCUCACUGCAGUUUAUCGGGUCUCCUUACAGCCUUCCCUACGCUGUGCCACCUAAUUUCCUACCAAGUCCCCUCCUCUCUCCUUCGGCCAACCUCGCCACCUCUCAUCUCCCACACUUUGUGCCAUAUGCCUCACUCCUGGCAGAAGAAGCUACUCCUUCGCCCCAGGCUUCAUCUCCAGCCCAUUCAUUUAACAAAACCCCUUCUGCCACCUCCCCAUCUGGGCAGUUGCCACAUCAUUCGAGUACUCAGCCACUGGACCUCGCUCCGGGCCGGAUGCCCAUUUAUUAUCAGAUGUCCAGGUUACCUGCUGGGUAUACCUUGCAUGAAACCCCUCCAGCAGGUGCCAGCCCAGUUCUUACCCCUCAGGAGGGCCAGUCUGCUCUGGAAGCAGCUUCUGCCAAUGGAGGUCAGAGACGAGAGCGACAUUUAGUAAGACGGGAAAGUGAAGCCCUUGAGUCCCCCAACAGUAAGGGUGAAGGCCAAGGACUGGUGCCAGUGGUGGAAUGUGUGGUGGAUGGACAGUUGUUUUCAGGUUCUCAGACUCCACGGGUGGAGGUGGUGGCGCCGGCACAUCGAGGAACCCCAGACACCGAUCUUGAGGUCCAGCGGGUAGUUGGCGCUUUAGCUUCUCAGGACUAUCGCGUGGUGGCAGCUCAGAGGAAGGAUGAAUCUAGCCCCCUUAACCUGUCCCAUCAUGCCCCUGACCAUCAGGGUGAGGGGCGAGGGUUAGCCAAGAACCCUGCAGAACUGGCAGAGAAAAAUCAGGCCCGUGGGUUCUACCCUCAAUCCCAGCAGGAACCGCUGAAACACAGACCUUUACCCAAAGCAAUGGUUGUAGCCAAUGGCAACCUGGUGCCCACUGGAACUGACCCAGGCCUGCUGCCUGUGGGCUCGGAGAUCCUGGUGGCAUCAAGUCUGGACGUGCAGGGCAGAGCCACCUUCCCAGACAAGGAGCCAACACCACCCCCCAUUACCUCCUCCCACUUGCCCUCCCAUUUCAUGAAAGGCGCCAUCAUCCAGCUGGCUACAGGGGAGCUGAAGCGGGUGGAGGACCUCCAGACCCAGGAUUUUGUGCGCAGUGCCGAAGUGAGCGGGGGUUUGAAGAUUGACUCCAGCACGGUUGUGGACAUUCAGGAGAGCCAGUGGCCUGGAUUUGUCAUGCUGCAUUUCGUGGUUGGAGAGCAGCAGAGCAAAGUGAGCAUCGAGGUGCCCCCCGAGCACCCCUUCUUCGUAUAUGGCCAAGGGUGGUCCUCCUGCAGCCCUGGGCGGACUGCACAGCUCUUCUCUCUGCCCUGUCAUCGGCUCCAGGUGGGAGAUGUCUGCAUCUCUAUCAGUUUACAGAGCUUGAACAGUAACUCAGUUUCUCAGGCUGGCUGCGCUCCUCCAGGCCAGCUGGGGCCCCGCGAAAGGCCUGAGAGGACGGUCUUGGGACCCAGAGAGCUAUGUGACAGUGAGGGGAAGAGCCAGCCGGCGGGAGAGGGAUCUCGGGUGGUAGAGUCCUCCCAGCCUGAGCCUGGAGCCCAGGCCUGCUGGCCAGCCCCGAACUUCCAAAGAUACAGCAUGCAAGGGGAGGAGGCACGGGCCACAAUGCUCCGUCCCUCUUUCAUUCCGCAGGAGGUAAAGCUGUCCAUCGAAGGGCGUUCCAAUGCGGGAAAAUGAACAUCUUUUCCAGACCAGGCCUGGGGCUUUAACCCCAGAGCUGAGCCUCACGGUGAGCAGGCAGAGGAUUUGCACACGCUGAGCAGGGAAAGGCUCUCUUGGCAGUGAGAUCUGGGGGGGAAGAGGUGUGAAAAGUGGCCUCCCAAGGCAGGGUCUGUUGCUCAUGGCCCCCAUGGCCUCCUUUCAGAACAGCCCCAGAGGGUGCUGUGACAGAGCACAGCAGGCCUGGGCCGAGAAAGGAAGGGGGUGCACACAGAGUAAGAAACAUUCCAAAAUCAGGGCCUCCCUGUUCUUGCCUCCCCGUCCCUAGCUCUUGCGAGGGGAAGUCCAGGCUUUGGGAGCUGGUGGCAGAGGGUGGGAGCAAUGAAAGAGCCAAAAAUGAUGAUCCACAGCUUAUAGUAGCAGUUAAACUGUCUGAAGAUUUUUUUUCUUUAUUUCAUUUUUUGGUGGGAGGGCAGGAGGCCCCAAGAUUGGAAAUAAGAGGGUUCCCACCCAGAACCCAUCUUGUGAGAGAUGUGCACUUUAAAGGGUGAUUUUGUUACAGAUGUCUAUGGCUGGGUUUGUGGGGGAGGAGCACCGUCAUCUGCAGGACUCUGCUUGAUCCUCUGCUUCAGCCCUUUCCUGUCUCUCCUCACCAUUCCUCCUACAAGGCUUCUAGGGGGCCAGAAGAGAAAGAAGCCCCUCCAGGGUUCAACGUGAAGUAUGGCCUUGCUGGGGGCCCACUUAGAGGACUUUGAGAGAAAGACUUGAUAGCCAGGCAACGAUGGGGCUCCAGGCAAGGCUUCUGGAAAGGUGGCUGGCCCAGCAAAGCUCCUCCCACUCAGCAUGCCAAUCAGACUGAAAUGUCACUGAGUCUCUAGUUGGAAAUGGUGACUUUGGAAAGAACCAGUGGACCCUCUCCCCCAGGCACCCGUACCCCUCCGUCCUCUGUCUAUGUCGUGCCGAAGUGCCUGCGCUGCCCCACCCUCCUGCUGCCCUAUCCUCUGCAUGGUGUUGUGGCCUGGGCGUCGUUUGUGGCUGCUCUGCCUUUCCUCUUCUGCACAGUUGCUGUCCACUCUGACCUCUGAUUUCCCUGUAGCUGUAAUCUUUGGUUUUAAAAACUCAGAAUCAUGUCCCCUCCUCUUCUGUCAGACAGCUUGGUAGAGAAACAAGAAGGGAACCAUGCCCUGAGCCAGGGUGCAUGCCCCUGGCUGGGCAGUGGCCAUCUGGCAUUUUCACACAGCCGUUCCCAUCUUAAUCCACUGCCUCUCCUAACAUUCAGGCAUCUCAAGCCGUCCCCUCCCACCGCCAGCUCCAAGGUUCUAGAGUGACCCUGAUAAUGUUUCAUGGCCCGAAGUAGGUUUCAUCUUGUGGUAUAUUCCUCUGCAGUGAGUGUUUUACGUCUUACUCGCAUUUGCCCCUGUAUGUCUUUUAGCAUUGGCUUGGACUGCGAGAUUCCACUGGGUAUUGGGAAUUAAGCUCUUCCACCGACUUUUAGGUGGAUGAGUGUUUUUUGUGUUUCGGUUUGUUUUGAGGGGUUGGGUCUUUAGGACUCUUGAAGGCAACUCAGGGUAUUGUCUUACACCCAGCUCUCUGGUUAGGCUUCUCCUAGGGUAUGUUCCUGGCAUUUCCUUUAUAGAUGUGCUUGGACUGGCUGAGAUCUGAUGUCUGCUCUGUCAAAAAGACUUUAGGCAAGUCUCAUGACCUUGCUCUUUCACUUCCUCCCCAGCUGCCAAAUGGGGAUAAAUAAUUUUACCUACCUCCUGGGAGGAGGGGAAGUUCUGAGAAUGGAGUCAUUCUUAGUGUUCAGGUGCUAAAGGUUCUCCUGGGGAAACAGAGUGACUGAAUCUGCUUGUUUGCUACAAGCCCUACACUCCACUCUUUGAGAACAGUUACCUGGUCAGUCAGCUUUUGGGGGUCCAUCCAAGGAAGCUGUGGGCCUGACCACGACUGCUCACUCUGUGGUUCCUUCCAGAACCAACACCAACCUUGUGCUGCGUUGGGAUCACGUCCUUUUCUCUCUGUGUCCCCCAUUCUCUCUGAAUGCUGCUUACUUGGGCUUGUUACCUACAGUGGGGGCCUGUGGGGUUGAGUCUUGAGGAAAUCCCCUCAGACGAGAGCCUUGGGAGAAGGCCUCAUCCCUGGCUGUUUCAUGAGCUACUCCUUCCCUAGGGAUUAUUGUUUGUACGGGUUUCUCAUAAGCGUCCUUCCUCAUAGGAAGGCUCAUCAACUGAAUCCAGUGACGUGCACACAGUAGAUGCUCAAGAAAUGUCCUCCAAGGACAAGCAACAGUUUCUUCAUUAUAGGAGCCAGUCUAUCUCUAACCAGAUUCAGGCCAAGAGUUUAGAUCAGAUCAUCUCCCCUUGGGCCAGUUGCGACUUCCCAGCCUGGUAACUUCUGCUGAACCCUGGACAGAGAAACUCUUGGGAGCCUUGGGAAGUUGGUCCCCAACCUUUUGCUGCUGUUCCUCCACUGUCCCUUGCUGGAGAAGCAAUACCAGCAGCUCCCCUGAUACCAUGCCACGCACACAUAGCACAAGACUUGAUUUUUUCGAGUUGCAAAGGUGUCUUUGAUGAAGUGUGAUUCCCCCAGGCAAAGGAGCUCUGUGCUGUAAAUCCUGGUCAGAGCUGAUACCAUCCUUACCUUUUCCCUCUGUUCAGUCUUUUCUUCCAGGCGUGAGAAUUAAGAAUCACCUGUGGUGUGUCCAUUCGUCCUUACAGUAAUUUCCUAAGUUUGCAAGAGACAUGGAGUGGUUUUUAGAGAAUUUUUUAGCAGGAAGAAAGUUGUGAGGUUUUUGGGGAUGGGCAGUUGACAGACUAGAGCCAGACGCUUGUCGGUGAUAGGACAUUCCCAGUGCUUAGGUGUGGAAAGGAGGACUGCUAAUGCUGGCACAGCACCGAAAUGCUGAUACUGAUGUGGGAGAAGGGGAGCCUGGUAUAUGACUGGCAGUAACCCAAGUCUUGGAUCAUCAUUCCUGUUAAGAUUAGUGUCCAUGGGGGAGGGGAUGGCAGGGAAGAAGGGGUUCUGGGAAUAAAGAGCCAAGCACGUGAGGCCCAGGGGAGGGGGGCCCCACAGAGCUGGCCUGACCCUUCUGCUCUCUUGGUCCCAUUGGUUGCAACACCAAGAGCUUUGCUCUGUGCUGCUUUGCUACUACUGCUUGCUGUCUUGCCUGCUGCCCUCUAUAAUUCCCGGUCCCUCCAUGUCUUUUUUGGUAAUGUAGAUUAAAUCCAGGCCUCAUGCCCAUUCUUACCUGUGUUCUGCCAGUGUUAUUUUAUGGCACAGUCAUGUCAAAUAGGGAUGAUAGGAAAUGCUGCUGGUGGACUGGUGAAUCCAAAGGGAUAUGGCUUCAGUGCUGUCAGGAGCCCUGUGGCUCCAAAGAUUUGACUGUCUUGAAGGAAGAAGUAGGUCUUAAUGAGUGGGUGAUUUCUGUUAUAUUUACUUCUUUCCUUUGUGGUAGCUUGUGUGCUGUUUUAAUAACUGAAUGAGGGGGCAUCACAGCGCCUGUGCCAGUCUUCUAGUGAGAUUCAUCUAGCUCUAGUUGUGGAUUUUUCGGGUAGGAGAGGGUUUGAAGUUUAACUGAAUAGCCCCUUCAGUGGGGUUUAGUUCUGUUGUUACCAGUGGGCAUCAUAGGUGAUUGUAGUGGGGUGCACAGGAUGUUGGUGGUGUGCUAGAAACUUGCCACAAGCAGGCAUCCAGAAGAGUUGAAUGAUCACACUGGAGCUGAAGGCUGGACAUGGAGUGACUGGGAAAGGACCUGGGUCCAUUGGAGUAAAGAUAACCUGACUAACUGAGUUGGCCAUGGGAGAUUAGGUCAGCAAAUAGGACAGAGGCUAAGUUCCAGGGAGAUAGCUUAGCCUUCUAGGGCUAAGUUUAUUAAACCACACUGAAGCUACAAUACCUUCCAGAUGGGGAAAAGUAUACACUACAGUUGGAGACCUGAACCGUACUAGGUUGGAUGUCAAUCAGGAAUCUAUUAAAUAGCCCUUUGCUGGGAAGACUUCACCUUCCAGCUUCCCCGGGGUAGGGAAGGUCUCCCACAUUAUGCAAUAAUAAAAUAAGCAUCUGGGUCUCUGCAGCUGUCAGUUGCUCUUUCAACUCUAGGAUCCAUCUUUGGGCCAGAAGCCUGGUCUGGGCCUAAGAGGACGCUGGCCUCAAGAUGCUCAAGUUGGCUGCACUCUCUCCUUUCCUGCAGACUAUGCACAGUGCCUGGGGCGGAAGGAGGAGAAGUGGUGCAGUUUGCUCUGCUGAGCCUCCCCAGCAGGAACAGUAGUAAUAAAUGCACUUUUCACACUAAGGUUUCUCUAUUAGUUCUCCCGUUAAGCCUAGAUCCUCCCCUGGUAGAUUGCAAACUCAAGGUCUGUGUGAUCCCAUAGCCAUUGCACUGCAGGUGCCCAGCAGUGACAGUGGCCUCAGACUGGGCUCCUGUCUGCAGUGUAUGUGGCAGCAGCCCGUGUGCCUUUACCUGUUGUCAAACUUGCAAGCAUUUAUUCUGUCUUUAUGACUGUCAUGGGGACUGAGGUUCUUCAGAGAGAAAGAGCGCACUGAUGACAUGGUGGUUUUACACCUACCCCUGGACAGGGAGUUUGCACAUACUUGUGAGCUGUGAGUGGUUAGUGCACUGCUGGUGUCGCUGAAGGCAGGGUUGAUCUCUCACUUGCUUGAUAGUCACAGUCAAGAGAAUCUAGAUUGUGUUGGGGAAGAGACCGGCUGUACUCAUGGCUAACUUGAAGUAUUAAAAUAAGGCUGUCCCUACAACCUUCCUAGUCAUACAGGAUCCCUGUAGCCAAAACAGUAUAUGUUCCAGCUGCAGAGAGUUGACUGCUCUCAGCUUGCACAGCACCUUAGGGGAGGGAAGACUAUAUGGAUAGGGAAUGGGGUGGAGAAAGAAGGAUGCGAAUGUUGUCAUCUAGGUGGCUUUAGGGUCCUAAGGAGUUGAGAAGGACGGCACUGGGGAGGUCUGGAUGGAUCUGUGUAGGAGUUUCCUGUAGAUAAAUUUCUGAUCCCCCAACUACUAUCCCCAGUAUGUAAUGGCUGAAUUAAUAUGUAAUCAACUGCAUUGUAUCUAAAGCCUUAGAACUAGUCAGGUGCUCCCCCCACCCAAUACCAUUUCUUACCCUCUAAUCCUACCUGAUCUUUAACAAAGCAUUAAUAAUUCUAAGGAUAAUCUCUAUUUUGUUGUGCUUUUUUGUAACUGUUUUAAAUAAAUCAAUUUGUACUGUAUAUUUGUACUUUUGUGAGAUCCUUUUUGCUGUUUUACCAUUUUAAGUCUCUGUACUUGGCUACACACAGAUUGUAUUUUUAUUGUUAAUGCUCUUCUUAUGGAUACCUGCAUUUAACUUGUGGACUAUGUAAACACAAUAUAUAUCAAUAUCUAUAUAUCUAUAUAUCUAUCUAUAUAAACUACUAGCUUUUC